AUGCUGUGCCGUCCCAUUCAUACCCGCUCUUCUCGCUCUCUCCCUGCUAAAUAUACUUGCGCCCACUCACUUUCUUCCACAGUCGCUGCCUCUCGUCUAUCGACUGUCAUCGAGGUCGCCCGUCGCAACGCAGCGGGGAGCAUGCGGCCACCGGUCAACGCGCCCCUGACCCUGGCGGGCGACCCCUCCCCAGCCCCGCCAGCAUUGCCGCCUCUCCCAUCCUCCGCCUUCCCCACCGGGUCUCGCGAGCGGUUGCGCGCAUUGCUUGCGGAGGCCACGGCAAAUGCUCCACCCGCGGGUGACAAUGCGCGCGCCUCAGCGCAGACGGCAUCAGUGGCGUCCGCCGACCCCUGCGACGCGGAGGGCGUGUCCGCGCUCGCCGCGUGCUCUUCGGUGGCCCGAGGGGCGCACGUGAAGGGCGGCGAGGCGCGGUACAGCGCAGCGGACGACGCGGCGUGCAUCGCGGGUGGUGUGUGGGAGCGAGGGGCGACAGUGGAGAGGGAACGGGAGGCGAUGAUGGAGCGCGAGGCACGGGGAGCGGGCGACGAUGAUGGCUCCGAGGUGCACAUGCCGUGGGGGUGGGGCGCGCACGGGGAGGGCACCACGCCACUUCAGCAUGCGGGGGGACUCGUACCGCCGCAAGUGGCGGACAGCAGGCAGCCAUUCGGCGACGCCGCCAUCGCCGCCGCCAACCCCUUCGCGCGCCCUCCUGCGCCGCCGCGGAUCGCCUCAAUGCCGCCCGCUGCGUGCGCCAAGCGCCGGGCCCCCAGCGGGUCGAAGAGCUUCGCACAGCGACUGGCGGCACGCGCUGCUGCUGCGGGGGGAGAUGGCAGCGAUGGCUGCGAGGGAGGCGCGGAAGGGGGCAGCGCGCGCGGCAUGGCGAGCGUGCCCACGCGGCUGGUGACGGGCGCACCGGCGUCGGGGCCCGUGUGCUUCCUGAUCGCGGGAGGACUCAGCCCCGCCGCCCUGCUGGACUCGCCCGUGGUGCCCCGCUCCCAGCCCCCUGCCAGCACAGCGCCCCGGCUGGAAGGGGGCAUGGGGGCGCAGGCAGGGGGAGGUGGGGAUUUGAAAGAGCGCAUGGGGGGGGCGGAGGAGGGGGAGGGGGAGCAUGGGGGGCGGAGGAAGCGGCAGCGGAUGGAGGGCGGGGAUGAGGGGGGAGUGACAUGGAGUGAGAGAGGAGGGAAGAGGGGUGGGACGAUGGGGCAGGAGAACGAGGGCAUGGGUGACGGGCAGGGGGAGGGCGUGCAGGCAGUCUUGGCACUGGGGCUAGGUGGGGGUGCGGAGGGAGGGUGGGCGCAUAUGGGGGAGGGGGAGCGGAUGGGUGCAGGGCGAGCGAGGGAAGCAGUGGGAGUGGAGGCCGUAGUGGGCGGCCAUGUGGCGGUGGCAGGUGCACGGCCACACCACAUGGCCCUCACUGCCGCGUACCCCCACACCCAUGCCGCCCGCAUGCUGCCUUGCUCCGACACCUCUCACGCUGCUGCCGGCAGUGCCAUUGGGGGGGGGGAUGGCGGCGCGCAGCAGGGCGCCACAGGGGGGGUGGCAGAUGACGACGUGGCAGUGCAUGCAGGCGCACAUGGGGAGGCACAGACAGAGGCGCGACCUGGAGCAGCGGUAGGGGGCGAGGCCUUGCUGCGACAGAGAGUGGCACAGUGGCAAGGCAACGGGGAUUUGCCACAGGCAGUGCAGGGGAUGGCAGGCAGCGAGAUGCACAGCUGGGUGCUGCACAACAGGGCGCAUGGGGAGGAGGGCGCGAGGGCGCAGGCUGGACAUGCGCAUGGGAAGGAUGGGGCGGGGUGGGAAGUGGAGGGUGAGGAGGAGGCGAGUGGGAAAGAGGAUAUGGAAGAGGGCUGGACGGAUGGGGGAGGAGAGACAGAGGCGGUGGGUGCAGGAGCAGCGGCAGCAGGCGGGGCAGUGGACGGGUACAGCUGGCACAAGUACGGGCAGACGGAGGCGCGUGGGGAGAGGGGGGCGUGCAGCUACUACCAGUGCACGGCACCCGGGUGCCCCGCUAAGAAGCGCGUGGCGCUGGCAGCACACGGCCACGCUACACACUGCCAGUACCACGGCCGCCACUGCCAUGCCCCUCCACUGCCCCCUGCCGCUGGUAGCGCUGGCAGCGUGGGCAUGGGUGGGGAGUGGAGCAGUGGCAGUGGCGUGCAGAGGGAGGGGGACUUGGCCCAUGGCUGUGCUGCCCACGCGGACACAGGCGCAGCGGCGGAGGGUGUGGGGCAGGGCAGAGGCGAGGAGGAGAGGAGAGGAGAGGAGAUUGAGAGAGGGAGAGAGGCGAGUGCGUGGGAGAAGGAGGGGAGGGUGGGGCAGAGUGAGGAGGCAUCGCGGUCGAGGAGCAGCUUUGAGGGCGGCGAGGGCGACGCGGGUGUGGGGAGGAAGGCGGAGGGCGAGGCCACCAGCAAGGAGCAGCGCAAGAGGUAUGCCGGGCAAGCGCUGCCAUGUCGCUGCCUUCCCUUCCUGUCCCUUCUCGCUCGGUGUAAGACCCAUUCGCUGCUCGCUUCGUCUGUCCGGCAGGAGAUGCUGCUGGUGCAGCAGCAGGUGGUGGCACCCAGGCUGCACAUGAGAGCCAUGCUCACAGCCUUGCCAUGCAUGGCGCUGCACACCCCAUGUGCUGCGCUGUGUCUUGGCCCCUCGCACGCCCUCCCACCACUUGCUAUGCUUGCUUGCCCCACUGGCGAUUCCUCUCUUCCCCCUGCGCCCCACAGGCGGCCGGAGCCGUUUUGUGGGCAGCGUGUGCAGCGCGGGCCCAAGGUGGUGGUGCGCGCGGUGAGUGCGGUGGAGCUGCUGGACGACGGGUACCGCUGGCGCAAGUACGGCCAGAAACUCGUGCACGGCCGCCGCUUCCCCAGGGAGGUGGUGACCACGUACGAGGGCAAGCACAGCCAUGCCGUGCCCGCGACGCGCUCCGCCUGUGUCUUCAUGGCCCUUGACGGGCCCGGCGUCUUUUCUCUCUCAUCGGCAGGAGGGGAAGGGGAUACUGCUGGACCAAGUAGUGAAAGGGGGGCCGCAAUGAGCAAGAAGAGUGGUGUUUGA